AUGAACCUCCAGAAUCUCGUCCUUCUACUUUCGGCUGCCAGUGUCGUCAAUGGAUUGAGUUCCUCCAAACCCAGCAACAACAACAUGAAUCGUCGAGGAUUUGUCAACACUGCCGCCGCUGUGGUUUCCACGGGAUUGGUCAAUACUGUUAUUGCGCCCAAUUCUGCCUUUGCCGAUCUUCCCGCCGAAGGUAGAAAGGCUCCCACCUUCGAACUCCCCAAUAGCCGAGGGAACGGUGUCACCACCUUGGAUUCUCUGGUCGCCUCUGACAAAUGGACGGUCCUUUACUUUUACCCCGGUGCUUUUACUUCGGGUUGUACCCUGGAGGCCCGUGGAUUCCAAAGAGAUUUGGAGCAAUUCCGGGCCUUGAAUGCUCAAAUUGUCGGAGUCUCGGUGGAUCCCGUCGAAAAGAAUGCCCAAUUCUGCAGUGAAGAAAAGUUGGAUUUUUACAUGCUGUCGGACAAGGGAGGAAAAGUUUCGAAAGCGUAUGGAAGUGCCCUGAGUGUACCAGGAUUUGGAACCUUUUCCAACAGACAAACAUAUAUCAUUGAUCCCAAUGGAAGACUUCGCUGGAUCUUUACCGAUGUCGAAAGUAAGAUUGCCCGACAUUCUACUGAAGUCUUGGAAAAGCUAAAGGAAUUGGAAGCAUAA